GCGGCGGCGGCGCCUGCGCGCGGCGCCCUCCGUGCGGACCGCGCAGAGUGAAUAAUAAAGGUCUCCUCGGCGGCGGCGGCGGCGGAAGGCGGCGAGAGGGGCGGGGGAGGCAAUGUCCAAGGGCCCCGUGGCGGGUGGCCCCGCCGCGGCCGGGCCGGCGAGCGCCGCCAGCGCGCUGCAGGCGCAGCCCGAGAAGCCGCAGCACUACACGUACCUGAAGGAGUUCCGCACGGAGCAGUGCCCCCUGUUCGUGCAGCACAAGUGCACUCAGCACCGGCCCUACACCUGCUUCCACUGGCACUUCGUGAACCAGCGCCGCCGCAGGUCCAUCCGCCGCCGCGACGGCACCUUCAACUACAGCCCCGACAUCUACUGCACCAAGUAUGACGAGACCACGGGAAUCUGCCCAGAAGGAGAUGAGUGUCCCUUCUUGCACAGAACUACUGGAGACACAGAGAGGAGGUAUCACUUACGCUACUACAAAACUGGAAUCUGCAUCCAUGAGACAGACUCCAAGGGAAACUGCACGAAGAACGGAGUCCACUGCGCGUUCGCUCAUGGGCCCCAUGACCUGCGCUCGCCCGUGUACGACAUCAGGGAGCUUCAGGCCAUGGAGGCUUUGCAGAAUGGUCAGACAACAUCUGAAGGAGGCAUAGAGGGUCAGUCUGCAGUCGCUGCCAGCCAUGCCAUGAUAGAGAAAAUACUCAGUGAGGAGCCGAGGUGGCAAGAUACAACGUAUGUGUUGGGAAAUUACAAGACAGAGCAAUGUAAGAAACCCCCCCGGCUCUGUCGCCAGGGUUAUGCCUGUCCCUACUACCACAAUAGCAAAGACAGAAGAAGAAGUCCAAGAAAACACAAAUACAGAUCUUCACCAUGUCCCAGUGUGAAACACGGAGACGAGUGGGGAGAUCCCAGUAAGUGUGAAAAUGGAGACUCGUGCCAGUACUGCCACACUCGCACAGAACAGCAGUUCCAUCCAGAGAUCUACAAAUCCACCAAAUGCAAUGAUAUGCAGCAGUCUGGCAGCUGUCCCCGAGGACCCUUCUGUGCCUUUGCACAUGUAGAACAGCCUGCCCUCAGUGAAGAUCUGCAGCAAUCCUCGGCCGUGUCCAGCCCCACCCAGCCAGGGCCAGUGAUGUACAUGCCGUCGGCAGCUGGGGAUUCUGUUCCAGUCAGCCCUUCCAGUCCACAUGCCCCAGACCUUAGCAAUGUGUGGAAUAAAUCAGGAACUCUGCCAACUAGCCCCACCUCCACCACAAUUCUUUGUAGGAACAGCAGUCUUGGAAGCCCAUCUAAUAUAUGUGGGUCUCCUCCCGGUGCCAUUGGAAAGCCCCACAGCUUGGAGACCAUUGGUUUUCCUCCUGACUCAGUAACAGCAGCCGGCAGCUACAAGAAGGCACCGGGGUUUGAGCGAGAAGAUCAGGUGGGGGCCGAGUAUUUGAAGAGUUUCAAAUGCCAGCAAGCAAAAAUGAAGUCCCACUCACUGGAACACAGGAGCCAGGAGCAACCUUUGUUACAGCCCAAACAGGACAUUCUGGGUAUUCUCCCAGUGGGGAGCCCGCUGACAUCCAGCAUCUCCUCUAGUAUCACCUCCAGUCUGGCUGCAACACCCCCGAGCCCUGCUGGCACCAGCAGCAUUCCAGGCAUGAAUGCCAAUGCCCUUCCCUUCUACCCAACCAGUGACACCGUUGAGUCUGUCAUAGAGUCUGCCUUGGAUGACCUGGACCUGAAUGAAUUCGGAGUGGCUGCCCUGGAGAAGACAUUUGACAGCAGCACAGUGCCCCACACGAGUGGCAUCAUGAUAGGUGGGAGUUUGCUGCAAAGUUCUGCUCCUGUAAAUAUCCCCGGGUCCCUUGGAAGCUCUGCCUCCUUUCACUCUGCCUCUCCUUCUCCACCGGUCAGCCUCUCAUCGCAUUUCCUCCAUCAGCCCCAGGGACACUUAAGCCAAUCAGAAAACACGUUCCUGGGGACAUCAGCUUCUCAUGGAUCAUUAGGUUUAAAUGGGAUGAACAGCAGCAUAUGGGAACACUUUGCUUCGGGGAGUUUUUCGCCCAGUACCUCACCUGCAUUUCUGUCAGGUCCAGGUGCUGCGGAGCUGGCACGGCUACGACAAGAACUGGAUGAGGCCAACGGCACAAUAAAGCAGUGGGAAGAGUCUUGGAAACAAGCCAAACAGGCUUGUGAUGCUUGGAAAAAGGAGGCAGAGGAAGCAAAUGAUCGCGCCAACACAGCUAACAUGGAAUGUGAACUGGCCCGGGAGCAGAGGGAAGCCUUGGAGCUGCAAGUGAAGAAACUGCAGGAGGAGCUGGAGAGGAUCCACACAGGCCAGGACCCACAAUUCCUGCGCUCCUUCUCUGACCUGGAGACGCUCUCGCUCUCGUCGCUUUACACCCUUCAGAAACAGCUGCGGGCAAACCUGGAGAAGGUCGACAAGGCGGUAUUUCAGAUGCAGUCAGUGAAAUGCCUUAAGUGUCAGAAGGAGAACCGGGUGGUGUUACCGUGCCAACACGCAGUGCUGUGUGAAACCUGCGCCGAGGAGGGGGGCGAGUGCCCCAUCUGCCAUCCCAACAGGCCCCACUCUCUCCAGUCGUGACCUUCCAAGGACACUUGUUCUAAUCAUAUCGUAUAGAACUUUUUAACUUUAUACAUACGUACAUAUAUAUGUAUGUGUAUAUAUAUAUAUGUAUAUAUGUGUGUGUAUGUGCGUGUUUGUGCAUGUGUAGGGAUAUGCACACGCAGGCACAUACGCACAUGAAACAAAAAAUUAGUUGCAGAGCACUUUUUAAUAUUUUACAUCCCGUAUCUAAACUGCCCCUCACCCGUGCCCCACUAAUUCUAACUCUUGAUGAACUUUGAGAGCUGUUUUUAAUACAGAUCAAAGGGCCGUUUGCAAAGAGUCUGUGUUUCUCCUCUUUUCUAUUUAGGUGAUAACAAAUUUUUGACUAUUUCCAGAAGGACUUAGAGUGGGCAAGAGGGGCUUCCAUGUGCUUUCCAGAGGAAGAGUUGAGAUCACGGGGAGGAUCGAGGUGGAUUGAAAUGACUUGUUCAUGCCUUCGGUCCCCCGCUCUUUCACUGACCCAGCUUGGUUAAAGCCGUCCUCCCUGAUGGAAGCUCUGCCUGGUGGGCCUCACGUUGCCCAUCUCUGAAUGUGCAGGAACUUUGUCUGUCAUUUAAGCAGCAAAGUUCACUUUUUAAAUUUUUUUACGCUCUUUGUAUAUUUGUAUGAAAAGAAGAAAAGAGGGAAAAAAAAAUAAUUCUAUUGGACCUAGAGCAAGCCAAGCCCCAAAAUUCAGUGACUGGUGUUCAUUGCUGAUACAGCCAACAUGUUCCAGGUCUGAGCAGCCUUAAAAGUAUUGCCCUUGGGUCAGCUAAAGCCCUUUAUGAAGGAAAUUUGGAUGCAGAGGUUAGUUCUCUCCAGGCACCCCUUUGUCUGGUGGCUGUCUGGAGGUUUUUUACUGUUUCAGACCAGAUCAGUUUUGUUUUAGCCACAGGGACCUGAUUUGUAGUCACUGCUGAAGUGCAUGAAACAAUUCCAGGUAGGCUGAGUUUUGUUAAACAGAGUUGAUGUUGCCUGUGUCAGCAGCUCAAGGUUGGUUUGUGGACUGCUGGCUCCAGAAAGCCUCGUGUUAGAGGUGUGUGUGGUGACAGAAAGUCCAGCAGGACGGGGAAAUGCCACCACCUUUCCCUGUCCAGCAGCUGAGCUUUCCUGUGAUUUUUUUUCCUUACCAGUGUGUCCGUUGGAUUUUCACAUCAGGUGGAUUGCAGUAACCUGCUGGGAUCUCAACCAAAAGGCCACUCAGUUGGACUAAACAUUUUUAUUUUGCACAGGGAUGCUCCCGUGCUGCCCCUCCCUGACCUGGAAAAGCACUGGAACCUCCAGCAGCCCACUAUUGUAGGAAAACUGAAUUUUUACCAGAGCCUCUCAGAAAGCUUCAUAUUUAAUACAAACACAUAAUUAGGUUUGCUUCCGUAAUUCCACCUUUCCUCUCCAUGGAAGGGGUUAAUAUGCAUUCCCAGAUGAUCUCUUAAGUGCAGCUCUGUGUAGUUCUUUUUUAUGUUUUCCCAUUAACUUGUUUUUGGGUUUUUUGGUAAAAAUGCUUUUUUUUUCCAUGUGUAUUUUAUUGUAACUAGCAUCAUUUUUUUUUAAAUUUUUUUUAAUGGAGAGACACUGUUGAGUGACUAUUGUGGCUAUGUUGUUUGGUUAUAGCCUUUGAAUGUCUGUGCCAUGGGGCAGCACAUCUGCCUUGGUCUGAUCUUAAGGAAAGACCUUUUAUUAAAAUACGUGAACAUUUCUCUUUUUUUUAGGAAAAAAUAAAAAAUAAAAAAAAAAAUUUAAAAGUGGGGGGGGAGGAGGAAAAAAGCCCAAUUAAGAUAAAAAAUUUACUAAAAAGUUUUUUUUGUAACUAACUUAAAUCAUAGGAAAUAAACUCUUGAAUCAGGACUUUAAUAUUUAUAAGCAGCAGAGCUGAUCAGCCCGUUUUGGCUAUGGUUUGUAACACUUUUUAUGAGCGUGGGGGUUUUUCUGCUCCUCUGCCUCCCCGGGGGCUGCUCAGGGUGAUGCUGCCUUUGGCCAACCCUCUGUUUUCAGAUCUGUCCAGCACCAGCCCUGUGACUGCAACAAUUCCCACAGGGGCUCUUCACUUGUCCCUUCAGCUGGAAUUUGUCCCCUGGUGGCACCUCGGGGCUGUGUCCCUGGGAAUUCCAGUCACGGGGCGAUGCAGGGCUGGGGGGUUGAGGGGGAAGAGCUGUUUGCCCCCAGUUUCCAUGGGGUGCAUUUGCUUAGGCAGGGAGGGGGUACAAGGAAAAUUCCAGGCCAGAGAAAAUAUGUUUUUCCCUUUUGAGUAAAACAGUUUCUCUGUUUUAAAAUUUAUACUGAAGGACCAAAGAAUUCAAAAUUUCACCUGUUUGUGGCCCUUAAAUUUUGACUUUCCAUUGCCACACUGCACUCAUGGCAGAACAGCCUGAAGGAAUUAGCACUCGACCCUUCCCUUGCCCCCACCCCAACCUCUUAACACUCUCUUUGCACAAGCACAUAGACUGUUUCUCACUUUCCUCUGGUUCUUGAAGCAACACUUCCUAAAUUUAGGUUUUUAUUAAUUU